AUAGAGGACGUGAGAGUCAGUUCUGCUGUGCUUAAAGCUGCAGCCCACCACUAUGGAGCUGAGUGUGAUAAGGCCAAUAAGGAGUUCAUGCUCUGCCGCUGGGAAGACAAGGAUCCCAGGCGGUGUUUAGAGGAGGACAAGCUGGUCAACAAGCCUGCUUUGGACUUCUUCAGGCAGAUUAAGCAUCCCUGUGCAGAACCUUUUACCGACCAUUGGACCUGCGUUGGUUAUUCUGGAGAGCAGUUACUUCACCACUGUCACAAACAGCAGGCAAAAUCUGACGAGUGUGUGCUGGACAAACUAGGCUGGGGGCGGCCUGACCUGGGAGAACUGUCAAAGGUCACCAAAGUGAAAACAGACCGACCUAUAGCAGAGAAUCCCUAUCCCUCAAGACCAAGACCGGAGCCCAACCCUGAGAUUGAGGGAGAUUUGAAACCUGCCAAAUAGAGCAGCCGCUUUUAUUUCUGGACCAUGUGAAGAUGGGUCUGUGGCCCACCCUCAGUCACGCGCCCAGAUGACAACUGAUGAAAACGCCCAGCAGUUUGCAUGGGCUGAGAGUGUGUUCUUUCCGGGAUUACAAACAUUAACAAAAAAGUUAAUUUAUGUGAC